UUCAAGUACGCAGCAAUAAAAUUUGUGUUGCUCCAGAAAAAUGUAAAAUAUUGUAAAUUGGUAUAAAUAAAUUAAUAAAAACUCUUGUGAAAAGAUAGAGAAACACCCACUCUUAUUUGUCGAGAUAAAAUUCAUCACGGAAACAUGGAUUUCCCACAGCAAUUGGAAGAUCAUGUUACAAUAAUUGGCUCGAAUUGGAUAUAUUUUCAAAACUCUCAAUAAAAAAAUUCAUCCUAUUAAACCCGCAAAUAAAGUGGAUAUACAUACACAAGUGUAUACAUUUUUCCUGUACAUUAUUCUUUUAAACUGCAUAUAGAAAUUUUAGUGGAGCGACCACCGUCCUCUUUUGAUGUUGUAAUGGAAUCGCCGUUGUGUGCUGUCGGUGAUCUUGAUCGAAAGGGGCAACCAAGUAAAUCUGGCAGCAAGUACGACAAUUCUUCGACGCUUGACAAAAUGAAUUCGAGCAUGAAUAGCACCUUGGAUGACACAACGCCAAGUGAUUCUGGAGUGCAGUUGCUGGAUUCUGAAUCAAGCGAAUUCAUGGUUGAAUCAAUUACCUCACAAACUGGUUUCGAAUUUGAAGAAAUCAAAUCAGGCAAUGUACUAGAACAUAGCGCUAAUCGUGAACAAGUUGCUGUGGUUGCAGCUCCGAUGCAAACAGUUAAGGAACGUCAUUUCGUUAGCGCAGUAUUUGAGGAAAUUGUAGCCGGCUUUGAUACAAACUUCAAUGUUACAACAACCGACACAACGAACGAUUCAGAAGCGAAUGUUCCCAUUGAAGAUGCAAUGACUACAAGCACCUGUUCCACCUUUGAUACUACUGAAAAUAUUGUAUAUCGGCGUAAAGCGCGCAAGACAUCCAUUACACCUAAAGCGCCCAAAAAACGAGUAUCCUUUCAUGAAGACAUACUCAAAAAUACUCGCACCGACAAUAUACAUAUUGAACAUGGCUUCAUUACAUAUAAGUCUGGCCGCAAAGCGCUACAACAUAUAGGAGUAUCAGGACGUUACUCUUGGUGUUCGGAAGGAGAUGCGGGAGCUGCAGGUGGCGCAGCUGCACAGUCAGAACUGUGUGCACAUGCGCAUGAAGAUGAAGCGGAUCAAAAUAGAUGCGAGCAAAGACGUCGAUGUGUGGUUUAUCGUAAUGCAUGUUCCGAUGUACUAGACUAUGGCAACUCGGAUGUUUAUGAUAUGGAGGAGCAAAAAGCAUUACAAUAUGAUAAUUCUGGUGUUUUUGAAUAUAUGCCAAAAGUACGUGACGGUGCUGCUGAUGGUGCUGGUGUAGGUAAUGGUGCUGAGGGUCAACAGGUGUUGUAUCGGUGCUCUUGUUCUAGCUCAAAUUCCAGUUUGGACUCGGACGAAAAUGAUAAAAACUCAAAUAGACAACAAUAUGGGCAAGCGAAGAGCAGUUCAUGCGACUGUAUUGGCAUGAGUAACGCGAACAAUAAUAUAAUUGGUGAUAACUGUUACUUCUCUGAACCGAACAUUGAUAACCUAAAUGAAAAUAAUCCGAAAAAAUCGGUGUGGAACAAGGAGAAAAAACCGAAAUCAAGUUGCUUAAAGAAACCCAAACGGAACACAAAUAUCAUCUACGAACAGGAUCUGAGUACACGCGUCAAAAAAUUUAAUGUGCACGAUAUGAAUCAAUUAAUCGACAACAGUAGCAAAAUGAUUAUUGGUUCAUUAAAAAGUAUAUUCACAAUGCCGCUUCCAGAGCGCGGUGUACCCGAAGGUUCUGAAGAUCUCCAGUCAGUUGUCGAAUGCGUACCAGAAUUGGAACAAGCCACUCCGGAGCACAAAGCAAAACCAUUAGCUGAAUCAUUCUUUGCACCGCCUUCUCCACCACUUAAGCAAAAACCUUUUCUAAGUAAAAGCCUUGAUGGCUCUAAAAAGUCGCAGGGCGUCAAAAAAUUCGUACACAAUGUCGACGAGCAAUUGCGACGUAAGAAUGACGAAGAGAUAUAUGCACCGACACGUCAAAGUAGCGCAGAAAAAUCAGCUACUACGGAGCCACCCGGUCGAGUGUUGCAGAGGCAGGAAGAAAUCGAUGCAGACCAACGCCCCGAUCUAGAGGGUAUCUACACACAAAACCAACUCGUUGAUAAACCUACAGAUCUUGACGCAACAAAGCAGCUGCCGGCGGCUGCUGAGCAACCGUCACAAUUUCGCAACAAAUUUAUUGUUAAUUGUGAGAGCACAGUUUUCGAGCACACAGGUGUGUCAUAUUGUUACGACACAAAUGAAAUGCUCGAGCUUGAUUUGGACACAGCAAGUAACACGCCUGGAAGUAUUGCGUCGAGCUUGUUACUGGAAAGCGAAACGCCCAUUGCACAACCGGAGCCAGAUCAUUUGCGUAGUGCUUUCAGUGCUGCGCCCAUAGCAAAAACAUUUUCGAACUUCUUUCGCAGUUUUAAUAAAGAUUCAACCGCAACACCUAACGCUAAGAAAUCUUCAGCUUCAGCGACUAAAAAUGUUGCUAACGUUGUGGAAGAUACACAGAGAGCAGGCGCUGAUAAUUAUUCACCUAAAAUUCAAAACAAUUCAUUCAAAGAAGUCACCGAACCAAAACAACCCCCUAAACAUCCAUUGCCAAACACGAUCUCAUCGUCUACAAUAUCCGAGUUGACCAAUUCUAGUGCAUGCUCAUUACCGCAGACCCAAUCGAAAGCAACCACCUGUUCUUCAUUCAACGUCGGCAGCGUAGGCAAUAACAGCAACAAUAGUUUGGCUAUAGGGCAAGACUUGCGCGGCAACGUGGAAAAACAACAGCGUCACUUACCCUCGCCACUGAAGAAGCGUUCAAGUGGCGGAAAUUUAGCCACACAACCACAACGCUAUGGCACAAGUCUUGGUAGCGGUGGAAAUGGAAAUAUGGCGCUUUGUCACCCCGAAGCAACAUUGCUCAGUCCGGAUAUCUUCAAUUUAGGCAGCACUCCGGUCCUGGCAAACAGCACACCUCUUGGCAGUGGUGGUGGCAGUGCUGGCGGCUACAUAGGCGUACGCGGUAGUUGUGGACGCGAUUCGAAAAGCACCAUACUCAGCGAGGAAUUUGAUGAUAUUAUAACCAUAACAACGGAUACGGAUAAAAAUGAGAGUGACAUUGUCAUCGUAGAUUAUCCAAGUGAGAUGAGUGACAGGCAAAUGAUGAGCGACUAUGCGAAUCUCUUGAAGCCACCACAACCAAACAAUGCGAAAACAUCGUUAAUUAAUCGCUUCUUACGUAAUGUUACACAGAAAAAGAUACUCGAAUCUUCGAUACGCAAGAAUAAUUUCUUUGCCGACAAAUUACGUAGUGAGCAGAAACUAUUCUCUGGCAAUUUAUAUGUACCAGGUGUAAAGCCAAAGAAUUAUGAACUAAUUGAUGAUUUAAACGCGGAGAUAGCGAUGGAGAUCGAAAUGUCGGGUGCGAAUUCGCCACGGCAUGAAUUAGCACAAAUCGAUAACCUACCGGGCGAUGUGGCACGCUUUGAACUUGGUAUAGGUGAAAUAUCCAUUGAUAUAUUUAAUGGAAACUAUUUACAUAUACUAAGAGAUCCUGCCGAGCAACUUAUGAAGGUCUUCAAAUUAUACACCGGUUAUAGUCGUGAAGGCUAUAUGACCCCGGUUUUGGUUUUCCUUACCGAUCGCACAUUGUAUGUAACGGAUUUGGUGCGUAAUCGUUUGUGUUCGAAAUUCGUGCUCGCCUAUGUCGAACUGGAUGUGAUAUUAAUGGGUCCGUUUGGCAAUACGGUGUUACUCAGCAAUAGCGCACGCGAUAUGCAACAAGUAUUAUUGGCUGGUGGCCCAUAUCCCGCUGAUGGUUUGGUAGCAAAUUUGGAGAUGUGCGCGCGUCGUAGUGGCUCUUCGUUACCAGCUGUCGGACAAUUGUCGUUUGCUCAUCUCGCACCACUACAAGCUUUUGUACGUGAGAAUUCAUCGGUUGGUGCUACAGACACUUGGAUGUACUAUGCGGUGGUGAAUGUGCCAGCUGGCGUCCUAGGUAAUGAGCAAGAGCCCUUGGGACCGCACGUUAAAGGUUUUCUUAUGCAUCGACGCAUCAAAGAACACCAGGCGAGUAAUAGCGCCAGGCAUAUCUGGAAUCCCGGUUAUUUCUUAUUGAAGGCUGGUGUUUUAUACAUGUUCAAUGACUCAACACAGAAAAUACCAAGCUGGGCUGUGGCACUCGCUGAAUGUCAAGGUGCGCGUCGUUCACUCAAAGCUGGAAGACCACACUGUUUCGAGAUUAUUCUGAAGGGCCAACUAUUGCAGUUGGCCGCACCGGAUGAGUAUGUUGCCUCGGAAUGGUUGCAAGCGCUGCUGCAAACUGCGAGUGGCCUGUUCGAAAUGCAGGAGAAGCAUAAAACUCUUGGUUGCACGCUAGUUGUGACACAACAUCAUUUGAUAACAUUGCGUGAAGAUUUUUCGGCGCCCUUAAAGCAAAUAAAGCCUGAUGCAGAGAAUACUCAAAAUGUAGCAAGUUCUGGCAAGGAUUUUAUAGCUCGCGUCAAUGAUGAAUGCAGUCUAACAGCAGGCGAAACAGGCAGUCUGCUAAGCUCAGCAAUGAGUACACCAACCCGUUUUGCACCAAGAUCUUGCUCAUCAGUGAAUUCAACGCCUACCAAACUUUCCCAACUAUCACAGUCUACAACCACAUGCGGUGACCAUACCACACAUUCAACUUCUACAAAUGCCACCACCACGAACGCAACAUCAUUAGCCACAACAACUAAUUAUUCACGCCAAAUGCCGACAGAAUGUGCUAAGCAAACGGAAACGCGUUACUCCAAUAUGUAUAGUGUGUAUGGGAAGGAUUCUGGUCUAGAGAUACUCACCUGUGCGGAUAUAAAAGAAAUGACGGGCAUUAAAAUACCAUCGCACAAUGACACAUGGUGGUGUGUGCUGGAGUUCUCUUGUCAGGAGGUGCGCGACAGCACCGAUGAUUUGGUGAUCUUCUUUGCGAGCAGCUCGGAAAUGCAACGUUUCCUACGACUGCUCGAGCAGUUGUGGCAGGCAAAGAAUAAUGAUUUAUUUCCAAUAACGGUGUUGGAUGAGGAUGAUUUAAUAGCUGAGCAAUGUACCACGCUGUACAUGGAUAUAAAUCGUGCGUGGGAACCGCUACUCUCCGCAGCCAUGGGCUAUCCUUUGUGAGAAGUUUAAAACAAAACGAUCAUUAUGAGUUUAGAGCAGACAAUCUGCAAUGUGGAGAAGAACAAAUAGAGCAGUAUUUUUUCAAAUUUGCAGCUGAAUGAGGUUAAAAGGUGUCAGUAAAUAAUAAUUAAGCAUUAUAAAAGCUUUCGUACUCUCAAAACUUAACUCAAACUUAAUUACUAUAUGAACUACAUAUUUGCAUGCAUACAAAAACAAACACAUAAUCACACAAGCGAAACGGACAGUUAUUGCAACUAAUAAGUGAAGAUAGUUAGGAGAUGCAGUGAGUUAAGAAGUGAAUAAUUAUGAAAUUGUGAUGAAUUGACAAGUGAAAAUUUUAAAAUAAUGUACGGUUAUGCUUUUGGAUAUGCUGCCAUUUAUUUAAAAGUGCUAACUUAUGAUAAUUUUCGUUAAUUAUUGAAAUAUUUAUCUGCACUCGUUUAACUGUUAGGAAACUAAUAAAGCAGUUUGUUUAGAAAGUGCUAUAUACCAAGAAAUAUGCCACUUUUCAACAUUUUGAAAUUUUCUCGUCAAUCUGCGCAAAAUGCGCAUAACAAGAAAAUUUUAAAAUUUAAAAAAAUUUAAAAUUUUUUUGAGCAAUGCUGAAUGGAUUUUUUUUAGAGCUAUAUUUUCUUAAAUCAGCCUUAGAACUUUUUCGUGAAAGCGCAGACUUUUACGCGCCCUUUUAAUUAUAUAUUUUUUUUUUUAUAAACUUAUGGUUCCCCUUCAUCAAAAGUACUCUGUGGUAGGUACGCAAAUGUGUUAUCAGAGACAUACAUACAUCUAGUGUCGUAUUGUCAAAGCGAAACUUUAUCAUUUCAUGCAACAUCGCCAUUAAAAUUAAGUUUAUGCUAUAGUAAAUCGUGAUAUAUUCAUUUAAGCCUACGUAAAUAUUUAUUUUUUGUUACAAUAUUUACACCAAACGCGUGUUAAUUUUUUUUAUUAAUUUAUCGAUAAUCAAAAAAUGUAAUUUUUAUGUAAGAUGAAUUGAGAAACUGUUGAAUAUAAUAUUUUUGAAUUUUGAAUUCUAUAUAUAAAAUAUGUAAUGUAGAAAAAAAAAUAUGAAUAUAAUUUUUUUUUGUAUUUAAUAAGUUAGGCAUACAAUUGCAGUUGAUGUGUUUUCACAUAUUUUAAUGCUUUCAUAUUGUGAUUUUUUCCAAUAUAUAUUGUAAGUGCUUCUCUUUUUCUUUUUUAUUUGCUUAAGCAAACUUUUUAAUUGGUAUAUUUUUUCACAACUGUGUGUGUGGGCGUGCUGGGGCGUAUAAAAUGCACUUGUAGAAAACGGCACAAAAAAUAUUAGCGAAAUAAUUAAUUCUCAAAUGGCAAUUUUUAUUGCGAACAAAUAUUGUAGUAUAAUGUAUUUUUUUUUAUUUAAUUCUUCGAAGAUUGCUUGCAAACUUACAAAGCAUAUAAGACAUGCAAACAUACAUAAAUGAUACAUGAAUACUCGAACUCACAAUAUAUCAAUAUAUAUUUAUGUAUAAUACAGCAAAAGCAAAGAAGGAAAAAAGGAAGUGGGUUAUUGGGAAUGCAAAGUUCUUGUAAUAAUAUUAUAGUACUCAUGUGGCGGGUAUUCUUGAAUUGCACGUAAUUUCUCGCAGUAUAAUUAUAUAUACAUACGUAUAUAUAUAUAUAU